UCAUGGCAACACUGGAUCCUUAACCCACUGAGUGAGGCCAGGGAUCAAACUGGCAUCCUCAGGCACAUUAGUUGUGUUCAUUACCACUGAGCCACAAAGGGAACGCCUAGUCUGCUUUUAAUAGGAGACCUUGACCCAGUAAGCAGUGGUCUCAGUUCCCUAAAAAGCCCAAGGUCGCUUCUUCCAAGGUUAACAGUGAGAUGGCUGCUUUCUGGAUAUCUCUACAUGACUACCCUUCUAAGUGAGGCUUUGAGGCUUUGAGAUAUAUUCCAUAAAACCUGUUAAAAUGAAAAAUAAGAGAUAAUGAGUGAAAAUGUUUAAAUGAAGCAAUAUUAGUAACAAUUGUUUGUGUUUUUGUGUUUGGGCAAAUACAAUCCCUGAGAACCCCAUUCGUUAAUAUUCAGAUAUGAAAACUAAUUAGCAUUAACCCAGGCAGGAAGUCUCCAUGUCAACUCGCUGACUGUAUCUAUUAUGAUUUUGCUUAAAAAAUGAUGAACUGCCAAUUAUUUAGGAAAAAGAUAGAUGUCUUCAAGCAUUUUAGUCUAAUGAGACCAUCUAUCUUAUAAAAUCUUAACUGUCACUAAAAAAGAAAACCUCGUUGACAACCAUUCAUUUAGGCAUAAUAAGGCAGUAAGUGAUGGGAAGCUGAAUGUUCUUAUAUGCUAAAGAAUUCUCAUAUUGAUAAAAGAAAGUGAUUCAACUCUUAAGAAAUAUUGGAACUGAAUUGCAGUCAGCAUCUACAGCAUUCUGACUAAAUGGGCAUUAUUUGGGUCAUUAUAGUAUCGGGAAUAUAUUAGUGGUAGGUGAAAAAACAAGGGAGAAUUUGUGAAACUCAGAGAGAAAGGAGUCAGAUGCUGAAUGUGUAUCAACCUUUAAGGCAAAUCAAUUUAAGGAUUGAUCUGGGGGAGGAAGGGAGGAAGAGAGAAAUCUCAUUUGGAAAAUGUUGAUUUUCUAAGCCAUCCUUGUAUAAAGGAUGAGAUUCCUUGGGGUCCCUGUGGUCAGUCAGUAUUUAUAGAGGAAUUAGCAUUUUUCAGAUCUUUCCUUACCUCUUUAUCAUAUCUCAUUUUUCUGUUAGUUUUUGUAAUGUAGGUGAGACCUUCUGUUUGAUGGAUAAGCACAUAAUUUUCUGUGACAGAGAAGGCCCUAAAAACAAACUUAAUCAUCUUUAUAGCUUAGGCCCUAUGCUUUUUUCGUUUGUUUUGUUUUGUUCUUUUGGGGGUGUUUGUUGUUGUUGGCCAUGCCUGCAGCACCUGUAAGUUCCCAGGCCAAGGAUCGAACCCACGCCAUGACAGUGAACAGAGCUGCUGCAGUGACAAUGCUGAAUCCUUAACCUACUGUAUCACAAGGGAAGUCCCCUAUGCUCUUUUCACCACACCACACUAAACGGGAUGUUUUGCAUAUUCUGUCUGUUCCUAGGAAUAGGACAUUUUCCCUGCGCCCAGUUCAAUAUGCACUGCAAUUUCUUAUUCAAGCGUCACAAUAUUGAGGGCUGCUAGCUUACCACCAAUUGAGAGAGAGAGAGAGCAAAAGAAGCUUUGUUCAUCUCCAAACUUGUGUUUUUUCCUCAUACAAAGCAAAAGAAGACAGCAUAGUAGAAGUAACAGCAAAAUAAGACAUGGUAUUAAGAGAUCCCCCUCAUGUUACAGAACGUAGGUGAACAAUUACUGUCCAAGCGAGAGAGAUGGACACACUUCCUUUGGAUGCAGACAUGUUCUUGGCCACACUCAGUACCAUCUUUCACUUCACCAAUAUCAGCCUGGGGAAGUAAGCACCGCCUACCGUCGUGAGUGGCCUGUCAUUCUGCCCCGCUGUGCGAUCGUGAUUGGCUAGCAAGAUGGUGUCGUCUGGCUCCGCCCCCGCUUCCCUUUGCCGCGCUAGUGGCUCGGGGUUUACCCAAAGGUGGUAAGUGGGAUUCAGGCGGGCGGCGCUUGGAGCAGGUGCAGACGCAUUAAUGUUUCAGCUGUUACUGCUCUUCUUUCUCCAUUCGUGGGUUUGAGUCAGGAAAGGACGAGCUUUUGCCGCUAGAGCUCCAGUGAACCGCUACCCAGAACCUAGGCACCUCAGACAUCUCAUCUCACUCGUUAUUCCGCCUUCACUGUAUAAAUCACCUGCACAUUUGUAAGCCUGUGAAUCUCCCUUCAGCUCAAUGCUCAGAGAAGGAAGGGGUCGAAUGGGAAUUUCAAGUGUUUGAAAGAGAGGGUCUCCGCGGACCGCAGGGAGCUGUCUCAGGUGCUGAAGCUUUCCAGGCGUUGGUCUUCACCAACACCACACGGAGUUAGGCUGCACAUUCUCAUUCCUGGCUUUCUCCUUCCCCAUGCCUUGGUUAAGACUAAUUUCAGAGUCGUGAAUACAUCCCUCCGUAUCAUGGCGUACGUGAGACACUUUCGGACAUUAGUUUCGGGAUUUUACUUCUGGGAAGCAGCUCUGCUACUCAGUUUGGUUGCAACAAAGGAAACAGAUAGUGCAAGGUCUCGAAGUGCCCCAAUGUCACCUUCGGACUUUCUGGAUAAAUUAAUGGGGAGGACAUCUGGGUAUGAUGCAAGAAUCAGACCCAAUUUUAAAGGUCCUCCAGUUAAUGUCACAUGCAACAUAUUCAUAAACAGCUUUGGUUCUAUUGCCGAGACAACCAUGGAUUACAGAGUGAAUAUCUUUCUCCGUCAGAAAUGGAACGAUCCCCGUCUUGCAUACAGUGAAUAUCCUGAUGACUCUUUAGACCUAGACCCUUCCAUGUUGGACUCCAUUUGGAAACCUGAUUUGUUCUUUGCCAAUGAAAAGGGAGCCAACUUUCACGAAGUUACUACAGACAACAAAUUGUUGAGAAUUUUCAAGAAUGGAAAUGUUCUUUAUUCAAUAAGAUUGACCCUGACUCUCUCCUGUCCAAUGGAUCUCAAGAAUUUUCCAAUGGAUGUACAGACCUGUAUCAUGCAGCUGGAAAGUUUUGGGUACACAAUGAACGACCUCAUUUUUGAAUGGCAAGAUGAGGCACCUGUGCAAGUGGCAGAAGGACUCACUCUGCCCCAGUUUCUGUUGAAAGAAGAGAAAGAUUUACGAUACUGCACUAAACAUUAUAACACAGGAAAGUUUACUUGUAUAGAAGUUCGAUUCCAUCUUGAACGACAAAUGGGAUACUAUUUGAUUCAGAUGUACAUUCCUAGUCUCCUGAUCGUUAUUCUAUCCUGGGUUUCAUUCUGGAUCAAUAUGGAUGCUGCUCCUGCCAGGGUGGCUUUGGGAAUAACCACGGUGCUGACUAUGACCACACAGAGUUCAGGAUCACGAGCUUCCCUACCAAAGGUUUCAUAUGUCAAGGCUAUUGACAUUUGGAUGGCAGUGUGCCUCCUUUUUGUGUUUUCAGCACUUCUGGAAUAUGCAGCUGUAAAUUUUGUUUCAAGACAACACAAAGAACUUCUGAGAUUUCGACGAAAGAGAAAGAAUAAGGAUGAUGAGGUAAGGGAAAGUCGAUUCAGCUUCACAGCCUAUGGAAUGGGGCCAUGUCUACAAGCAAAAGACGGUGUGACCCCAAAGGGCCCAAGUCAUCCUGUCCAGGUAAUGCCAAAGAGCCCAGAUGAAAUGAGGAAGGUCUUUAUCGACCGGGCCAAGAAGAUUGACACCAUCUCCCGAGCCUGCUUCCCACUAGCCUUUUUGAUUUUUAAUGUUUUCUACUGGGUUAUCUAUAAAAUUCUUAGGCAUGAGGAUAUCCAUCAGCAGCAAGAUUAAGUCUCUAGAGUCGUGCAAGUGCAAACAGUCAACCAGAAGGAAGGGGUUUUGCUGUAGAGGUGUGUGUGUGUGUGUGUGUGUGUGUGGUGUACAAAUGAUGACCGCUGUAUUCAAGAGGCAUAUGGGAAGGUAUUAUUAUGAUUUGCUAUGCAAAGUCAUGAGGCAGUGAAGAUUCCUUUAGUGGAUAAAAAAUACAUGUAGUAUGGGGAAAUUCUACUUCAUAUUAAUUUAAGAUAAUCUGUUCUUUCACACUAAUUAGUGUAAGUGGAAGUAUUACUGUUAAUGUGUUUGUAUGAUAUCACAUAAUAGUACAUGUGAAAACGACUUUGGAAUUUUUUUAUUUUUUAAUUCAACAUCAAAUCUCACAAAAGUAAAAUUCGCACAGUAAACUUUGGAAAAGGAAAAAGGAUGAAAUGUUGAAGAUAAAAAAUUAGUAGCUUGAGGCUAUAUUUCCUUAUACUGCAUUUACAAGAUAGAAAAAUAAUCAGAUAAUUCAGUGGGAAACUCAGUGAUAGAGGAUUGUAUAUAUAACUACUAUCAAGCCGACAUAGGUCAUAAUAAAAAAUUCAAAUUAGAAUUAAAAUUAAAAACCUUUAUUGUUUAGCUACUAAAUUUGAUUGUUUUAAAUACUAAAUUUCUGUGUUUGGAAAAAUUUUUAAUGGUCUAAAAGAUCAUAUUAUAUACAAAAUCUACUUUUCUUAACUUUUUAUCUCUAUGAAUGAAGGUGGAUAUACUGAAAACAAUGUUAUUUUUAAAAAGUGUUAUAGCUAUGUAUUUUUAAGUAUUGCCAAACAAUGAAAAAUUCAAGCCAGCAUCUUUGUUUUGUUAGAUUUUGAAUAGUUGCUUAAUAGUCUGUAAGUAAUUAUGUUUAAUGUUUUGAUAUAACUGAACAAAGUUCAGUAAGACUUUUAUAUUUUAGCUUAGAAUGAGACUUUAAAAUUCAAUGGGAUUAUAGUAUUUACAUUUUGAUAAAAAUGAAUUUAAUGAAAAAAAGGAUUUAUGAAAGAUUUUUUUAAUAAGAACAGAUUUCCCAUCAAAGUUAUGUGGGUUCCAACUCCUAGCUCCAAAUGUAAGGAGGGAAGAUUUUAAUUCUAAAUUAUAAAAGUAAGUCAUUAUAUAAGUAAGUCAUUUCUAUAAAGUGAGGAUUGAUUGUUUUAUAUUUCUGAAUUAAUGAUCUCAAUAUAUUAGCCAUUCACUUGAUGUGAAUAAUUUUAAAUAAAAUUUGUACUUAAAAUUUAUCAGCAACCCCAUAGAAUUCUUUCAACUACAAUGGGGCACUAAUUCAUUUUGUGUAGUAUAAUUAAAUGCAGAUAGAUGAUAGAGUUCUAGGUUAAAUUGAACCAAACUCUGAUCAGAUUCACUAAAUGGAAAUUCAGUCUACCAAAUUACUGACAGAAAAAGUUUUAACCAUUAAGAAAAUGAUUAAUUCAGAUUUAAGAGCGAAAAACAAGCCAAUUCUUGAACCGGACAGUACUAUUUUCUGACCUUCAACUACUCUCAAACUAAAAGCAAGAACUGCCAUUCGAAGCUAAAAAAUGUCUCAAUGUUAUUGAACUUUGGUCUACCUAAUUGUACUUUAAAAAUAACUUCUAAAAAAUAAUGUCUGCUUAGCACCUUUUGCUUGAAAGACAAAUUUUGCUUCUUUUUAAGUAAUUUAAAACACUAUUUUAAAAAAAAGUUUGGCAUUAAAGUUUGGCAAAGCUCACAACUGAAAGAAGUUAUUACUAUGUGCUUUAUUUAUUUUGAGGAGUGUGCACCCUAAAGUUAAAUAUAUCCUUCACUGGGUGUGUAUGAACCAAAACCAUGGACAUAUAUUCUUAUACUAAAGAUGGAGUAAGAUAGGUUGUUUGUAUUCUCUGCAGAUAAACUAGGAAGUUUGAAAUGCUAAACUACAUUGUCUCAAUAUGUAUCUGAGAUACUUGAAUACAUUUUUCUAUACUUCACACAUCUUAUUUUUAAAAAUUCUUCAUCAUUGUUUAAGUCAAUUCUGCCAAAAGUAAACAGAAAUACAGGGAACCUGUGCCCCCUGAGAAAUUCACAUCACUUUUUUUUUUUUUUUAAUAUUUGAGAGUAUUAAAAAUGUCUCUUUUUUAAACCUGAAACUUGGAAUGUAAAAAUACUAGCCAUGAAACAAUGUUUUUAGCAGGGAUGUUGCUAUGGUAGAGCUCUAUCACAAAAAAGGAUUAUACUUUGCUUAGGCAUAUAUAGACUUACCAUUAUCUAACAACACUAAGUAAAUACUCCAACAUUUCACUCAUAGGGCAACAGUGACAUAGCAAAUAUAGCUGAAUCCAAAUUGUUGAAGGAAUGUGUCCCCUCUAAUGAAUUCUUAUAGACCCUUUAAAACAGGAAAGCUACAUUGUAAUUACCAUCCCUCAGUAGGAUUUGCCUAAAUAAGCCCUAUGUCAAGCCCUAAUAUUUCAAAUUAAACCAACCAGAAAUCUAUCCAUGGUGAGAAGAUCAAAAUGUGCAUAUGCACUAACUACUCACACAUAAGUUGGAAUUCUAAAGUGGAUUUUCUGAAGUAUUUCAAAAUAGCCACGUCAGAAAGUUUGUAAUUUUUAUACAUGUAGUUUUACUUCACUUUUUUUUUAUAAUUAUGUCUCUCAACUAUUGAAAUAUAUGGUUCCAUGUGAAUUUUUAAGGAAACCUUGCACCUUAGCAUGUACACACCAUCCUUCUCUUUCUUUCCUAACCAUUAGAAGUGGAGUUCAACUAGAGUGAGGACCUAGAACUUUCUUUACUAUUUAAAACAAAUUCUAGAAAGAAACCAUAGAAGCAAGGAAGCCAAGGGUCUUGAAAGAGUCUCCAAACUUUCAUGAUGUUUCUCCAUAACAGUUCUGCUCACCUGGAAAGCCCAUCCAACUCCCAACUGCUGUAUUUAAGGGACCAUUAUGACUACUUAUCCAAUAAUCAAUUACUAGUCUAUGAAUAUAUUCUAAUAACCAUUAUCUUAAUUUUGAUUUAUAAAUGCUCUAAAUCUGUGUAUCCCUAAAAUAUGAAUACAUGCACUGGGUUUGUGAAUUCCAAAGAUCUUAUCGAAGAUAAUGGGGAUUUUAGGGAAAAAAAUGUGAAAAAAAAAUAAGCCAACAGAAGAGAGUAAGUUGUUAACUACUUUAGCACCCCGUGUAACUUGAGGUUAUGAUUUUAGAAGAAAAAUAUGUGUAUCCUCCAUACUAUACAUCCCCUUUUCUGAAUGUCUCUCAUCUUAUUUUUAAAAACACACCUUUCUAUUCUUAACGUGAUAUACCUCAACCUGCUAGUCACUUUGAAAGACUAAAUGUUACAUUGGCAGCUCAAUUUUCCUUUUACCUAUAAAGUACACAUACCAUGAAAUGGACUCAAGGAAAUAUGGGACUUGGCAAUAUGAAAAGUAGAAAAUAAUCUCAAAUAAAAAGUAGGAAGUAGGCAAUCCUGAAAAUCACAGGUGUCCCUCACUUCAGACACUCUCAGAAUGAAACUCAGAAUGAAUAUGGGACGCAGUUCUUAGACCAAUCAGUCAUGAAUAGCCUUUGAGAUCAUGUUUCCAACUCUAAAAGAGAUUUCACAGACUGUGCAACAUACAAAUAGCAAAAGCUAUCAAAAUUUAUGAGCAUGUACCACAUGUAUUUCUCAUCUAGUUGAUGCUAACCUAGUAAAGAAAAGUAACCACUCCAAGGACACAGCAUAAACUUUUAUGUACUCCAUCAGUAUUCACUGAUGCUGACAAGGCAAAGAUUGUAAAGUAGUGAAUUUGAUUAAAACACAUUAAGAGGAUAAGUAUGGUUUCCACCCGCAAGGUAUUUUAAUUUUAACAGUCUAUCCCAGGAAAAUAUAAUCCAUGGAAAUAUAAUCUAUACACUAAUAAUCACCUUAGUUCUCCGAGGGGAUUUGAUGGAAAUUGUCUUAGUGACUCAGAGAAUAGUUUUUGCAUCUUUAUAAUUACAAGCUUGUCUUUUUAGUUAUAUUUACCUAUUAAGCACAAUUAUGAUAACUACAUUUUGCUUGUUCCUUUGGGUAUUCAGUUUUCGAACUAGAUAAUUUCAUUGCCCAUGCUUGGCUUUUGGAGUGAGUUAUAUGCUGUUAUAGAGGUGUUGGAACUUUUAGCACCAUCAACUCUGCCAGACUAUAAAAACUUGCUGAUGUCAUGAACCUUUCAGAGAGGAAUUUGGAUGCAAAAACUGCACAAUAUUUUUAAGUGACAAAUUUCAGUAUUUCUUAAAACUGUGCCCCAAAUUGUGUAAUUGGCUCAAGUAAAAUCAAAGGACUUUCUGGUGAUGUCUUUCCAAUAUUUUUGACAAAGCACUUUCCUUAGCUGAACCUAUCUGACUCACAGGCAGUGGAAAGGUCUGACUAUGAGGAUUAGGAUUCUAUAAAAUACUGAAAUUUUAAAUAUAAUGAUAACCAAAUCUUGUUCUCCACAAUGCCUUUGUAAUUUUCCUUGGGGCCAUAGUGCCAUUCAGAGCAGUACAAAAUAAUCCUAUUUCAAUGAUCACCGAAUAAUGAUUUUUUUUUUUUUUUGGUCUUUUUGUCUUUUUAGGGCUGAACCCGAGGCAUAUGGAGAUUCCCAAGCUCGGCGUCCAUUCAGAGCUGUAGCCGCUGGCCUACACCACAGCCACAGCAAUUUGGAAUCCAAGCCAUGUCUGUGACCUACACCACAGCUCACUGCAAUGCCAGAUCCUUAAUCCACUGAGUGAAGCCAGGGAUCGAACCCACGUCCUCAUGGAUGCUAUUCAGGUUCCUUAACCAUUGAGCCACUAUGGGAAUUCCCGAACAAUGAUCUCUGACCUAGCAGAUAGUCACCAUUUCCAGUUUCCAUGAUAUAUUUUAGACCUUGAAGUUUAUAACUCGUCACUUUGACGUUUUAAAGGGAUGCUAAAAAGGAUAAGAAGAAUUACAGUUUGUAGCUGUAAGACAAUGGGUGCUUUUCAAUAAAAUAUUUUAGAAAAUACAGUAAAUAUAAAUACAUAGGUUCCCCCUUACCCAUAACACCAGAGCUGUCUUCCUUAGCAGAUACACUGAUUUUUAUUUUUUGGUUCAUGUACUACAAAGAGUGGUAAAAUAUAACAAUCCCAUUUUAUUCUUAUUAUAUAAACUCUUUGUGAAUAAAUAAGCAGCCCGUAAUAUGAAUUGUAUUGAUUUAAUUAACUUUAAAAUUAAACUUUUAUCCCAGCCCCAUUCCUCUUCAAAAACACACUGAGGAGUUCCCGUCGUGGCGCAGUGGUUAAUGAAUCCGACUAGGAACCAUGAGGUUGCGGGUUCGGUCCCUGCCCUUGCUCAGUGGGUUAACAAUCCGGCGUUGCUGUGAGCUGUGGUGUAGGUUGCAGACGCGGCUCGGAUCCUGCGUUGCUGUGGCUCUGGUGUAGGCCGGUGGCUACAGCUCCGAUUCAACCCCUAGCCUGGGAACCUCCAUAUGCCGCGGGAGCGGCCCAAGAAAUAGCAACAACAACAACAACGAAAAGACAAAAGACAAAAAAAAAAAAAAAAAAAAAAAAACCAACACACACUGAUAUUAUAAAGUGAACUUCCAUAGGAAGACAGCUGUUAUUUUAAUUAUUAAGAAGUAAAGUGAUGCAUACUUUUCAAACAAAGAUGCUUAGAGCCCAUGCGUAAACUAUUACCUGCCCCCUCCCCAAAAGGAUUUGGAAAUAAUGAAGGCAGGGAAAAUAUUCGGGAGAAGCUUCUACUAGAAAUUGGUCCAAAAGACAGAGAAAUCCUGAGCUAGAAGCUAGAUCCUCUUAUCAUUUUUUUCUUCUAUCAUUUAAAAAAAAUUGAAAAAAAAUAUUUUCUACAGUUUUUAUGGUCCCCUCCUUUCUUUCCUUUUCCCUCUCUUACACGCACACACGCACACACACACACAUGCACAAGCACACACACUCAUGCACACUUACAAUUCUAUGUUGUUUAUAGGGUAAAUUUCUUCAAAUUGGAAAUGCAAAGGAAGUCAACUUUUCUGGGCAAAAGUCCAUAAUUCUGUGUUUUGCAAUAGCAGGGAUUCCCGAUGGGAAAUAUGAGCAAUGCGGUCAUUUGAUUUGACCAUCUCUUAUUUAUGAAACUGCAAUGUUUUGCCUCAACAACACAUAACCAAAGCAUGUGGGUCAAAUUUUUCUCCAACUAUUAAUGGUAGAAUUGUAAACCACUGUUCAGAUUAUCUUUGAAAAAUUAUUUAAUAUUUGUCAAACAGUUCUUUGAAAAAAAUUAGUAAUAACUAGUUAUAUUGAAUGAUUUCAUGGUGUCUUAACAGGCAGUUUUCUCAGUAUUUUUCAUGGUUCAUGUAUAAGCAAAAUAAGAGGAUUUUAAAGUGGUGGAGUAUUAUUUUUAAAAUAGUGAUUCUGAUUCCCGGCUGUACAUUAGAACCCCUUACUCUUUUUUUUGUUUGUUUGUUUGUUUUUUCUAGGGCCACUCCCGUGGCACAUGGAGGUUCCCAGGCUAGCGGUCUAAUCAGAGCUGUAGCUGCUGGCCUACACCACAGCAACACGGGAUCUGCGACUUCACCAUAGCUCGUGGCAAUGCCGGAUGGUUAACUCACUGAGGAAGGCCAGGGAUCAAACCCGCAACCUCAUGGUUCCUAGUCAGAUUCGUUAACCACUGAGCCACAAUAGGAACUCCCGAGAACCCCUUACUCAUUUUUAAACAUGUAUCCAUGCUGAUGUUCAACAGGAGAGAUUAUAAUUCAAUCACUGAUUCAACAAACAUUCCUCAAGCACCUUCUAUGUACCUGGCACUGUUCUGAGACCUGAAUUCAGUAUGUUCAGUGUAAGAUGUGAAAUUCUGGAUUAUUGUCAAAAGUUCCACAAGUGAGAGCAAUCGACAUGAAUGUAUACAAACCUAUUCUAAUAAUACCCAAUUUAACAAUGAAAGCUUUAAAAUGUUUUCUUUCUUCAAAAUCACUUUAGGGGUUCCCAUUGUGGCUAAGCAGGUUAAGAACCCGACGUAGUGGCCUGUGAGGAUGUGGUUUCAAUGCCUGGCCUCUCUCAGUUGGGUUAAGGAUCCAGUGUGGCCACAUCCUUAACCCCACGUCCUUAACAUAGCUCGGAUCUGGUGUUGCUGUGGCUGUGAUGUAGGCUGGCAACUGCAGCUCCAAUUCAGUCCCUACCUAGCCUGGGAACUUCCAUAUGCUGCAGGUACGGCUGUAAAAAGAAAACAAAUUCCCUUUAAUUAUUUCCUGUUGAUACCCUUAAAAUUAAAAAUAAACCUGUGAGCUGUUUCAGUUCAGCUUCCUUUUUAAUGUCAGCACUUUCACCAUCCCUGGUGCAUUCCCGGUACAGAAUGAUCCACAUUCUCCUCAAACUCUUAGAGCAACAGGUAGCUCUUUAUUCUGAAGGCAACCUGUUCUUUUGUGACACAGCUCCAAGUGAUUAAAAAAACAAACAAGUUUAUCUUCAUCAAGAAAUGAUUUUGGGAGUUUCCCCUGUGUUGCAGAAGGUUAAGAAUAUGCCUGCAGCAGCUUGGGCUGCUGCAGAGGCAGGGUUUGAUCCCUGGCCUGGCGCAGUGGGUUUAAAGGACCUGGCUUUACCACAGCUUCAGCGUAGGUUGCAGCUGCAGCUCAUAUUCAGUCCCUGGCCUGGGCACUUCCAUAUGCCAUGGGUGCAGUGAGGAAGGAAGGGAGGGAGGAAAAGAAAGGAAGGAAGAAAGAAAGGAAGGAAAAGAAAGGAAGGAAGAAAGAAAGAAAAAGAACAGAAAGAGAGAGAGAAAGAAAAAGCAUUUUAUUUCAGCUAAGGCUACUCUAUUCCCUUAAGGACAGCACAUCAUGUGCUUUUUCAUAUCUGCUGCCUGUGUUUAGGCUCUAUUAAGACUCUUUUUCAACCUCUUACCACCAGCUUUAUUCUCAUUUAAGCCACUCCUCAAUGCACUUUGUGUUAUGCAAUGAUGAGAUGUUUUCAGGUUCAUAAAAUAAAGAAAUAAAAAAUCAACCAUCUAUGUAGAUAAAGAGAGAAAUUGAUAAAAAUUUCUAUGUAAAUCAUUUGCAGUAGCUUUAAAUAUCUUCCUCUACCAUAGCAAUAAUUUUAAGUUAAGUAUUUAAAAUUGUUUCAUGAUAUGAAAAUAUAGUAUGAAACCCUAAAUAAUAUGAAUUUAAAAACUAUCAGCCAAACAUAAUAUUUUUUUAGAGUAAAGCUGUAAUAAAAAUAUAAUGAAUUAAGUUGUCUUAUUUUAAAAGUUCUCUGGGGUGGUUUUAGCCAAGGUACCUCCUGGCAACCCACCUGUAUAAUCAUUAUCCAGCCUGGCUUGUAAUGUAAACAAAGAGUAAGGCACUGUGAGUCAAAGGCCAGGAAGGGAUUCAGAUGUGAGACCGUAUUGAACAUGCUUGAAUAAUUUUGCACUCCUUCACUUUCAUCUCUUCGAAUUAUGCAAUGGCUUUUCCUUAGGUUUGUAUUUUAAUGAAUGAUAGAUGAUGAGACUGGGGAGAAACAGAGUGAAGUAGAUCUGCCAUUCUAUAUUAUAUAAUAUGCUCUGGAAAACAAAAGAAUAUGUGCCAUAUAUUUUCAAUGUAUAAUUGUAAUAUCGUAUACAGUGAUUUAUUAUUAGUGAGCCAAGAUGUUUAAAAGACUACCAAAAAAGUGUUGCUAAUUCUGUGGCGUUGAUUAUUUUUUCUGUAGAUGUAAAACAUGUCUUCCUGAGUCAGAUGUUUGUCUCUUUUCCUGUCCAGAUGCUGUCAUAUUUUUCAGGAGCCUAUGCUGAAAAUAUAUUUAAAAUUGUAUGCAUGGUUUUAUCAACUUGUUUCUCUUUGUGUUAUCUUCAGUUCUUAAGUAACAUAUUCUCAAAUGAGAGUCAUUAACUCGGUAGAGUAUAUGGUAUUUAUCAUGUAACAGUAGAUAAUUGGACCAAAAACAAUAAAAAUAAUACUUUUAAAGAAUAUGGAUGACUCUUUUGUCCCAUUUUGUCAAAGUACCAUGUUGUUUUACUGACGAAGGUCAUGUAUUUCUGUUCCGAUGGACACUGGUAUAUCAAGAUUAUGAACCCAGUGAUAUAUCAUUCAGAGACGUCUCAAUAUAUGCAUCCCAUUAUAGAAGAAGUACAGUAAGGAGGCUGGUGAAUGGAACUUUUCAAGUCAGAACAGAAUGAGAGAAGAUGUGUUACUACCUAGAAAAAUGAUUCAGGAGUUCCCA